UCCCCACCGUCCAUCAAUCGACAAUCACCAAAACAUUUAUUGUGCAAGCCAGGUCAUGGAAGCCAUAAUCGCCUAAUUUUGGGUACCAUCACUUAUAUAUACACCCCUAUCAUACAACAUCCUUCCAUCGCAUCCCAAUCCACCCUAAUUAGCAUCACAUUGCCAUAUUUCCUUCUGCUCUCUUUUUUAAGCAUACUCAACCAACCACCACUCCAAAAUGGCUGAGGAGAAGCAACACCACCACCUCUUCCACCACCACAAGGAGGAUGAAAAGCCUGUUGACACCUCUGUCUACUCUGAAACUGCUUACUCUGGUGAUAUCUCGGCUGGUUAUGGAGCUGGCCUGGCUGAAACGGGAGUGGAUUACAAGAAGGAAAUGGAAGUGGAUUACAAGAAGGAAGAAAAGCACCACAAGCACCUCGAGCACGCUGGGGAGCUAGGGGCUGCCGCAGCUGGUGCUUUUGCACUGCAUGAGAAGCACAAGGCAAAGAAAGAUCCGGAGCAUGCCCAUAGGCACAAGAUAGAAGAGGAAAUGGCAGCAGCCGCAGCAGUGGGAGCCGGGGGGUUUGCAUUCCACGAGCAUCAUGAGAAGAAAGAAACAAAGAAAGAAGAGGAGGAGGCUCAUGGAAAGAGGCACCAUCACCUCUUCUGAUUUACUGAUACUUUCCUUCUUCUUUACGUCAUUCCGUGUGUUGUGUUUGUCACCAGUGAGCAACUACACUUAAUAAACACUGUUGGAGUGGGCUUCGUCUAUGUAUUGUAAUCGCUUUCUGCAGUCAUUGUGUGUCCCUAUUAGAUCAUGGUGUCGGCCUUUCUCAGUCUCUAUCUGUUUAUAAUAAUAUUUUCGGCCGUGUUUUUGCGAUUUUUUUCACUACUACGGAAUCUUCUGUAAGGUAUAUUAUCUAAUUAAGUUUCUUCUUUUUUACUUAAUUUA